AGAAGGCAGUCAGGAUGGAAGUGAGUGUGGCUGUAUGACAAACUCACUGCGCUGCCGGAGCGCUCUCAUACACACCAAGACCCCCAGACAGCGGACAUCUUCGAGCUCAGUGGAUGUAACAGUUACUUUACCGUCUUCCAGGGGAUACCAUCUUUUCCAUUUCUUGAUUUGUUUAUUUUCACGUCCCUAAUCCCGCCUCUAUAUUCUUGCCUUCUGUUGUCAAGCAUCCUGCUUAACUCCUUGGCUAACUUCCCAACCACGGUAACCUGCCAUCCUACCCGCCGUCGCUUGUUUUCUAACACAGCAUCUUGCCGCCCUCUGUCCUCCAUCGCAGCUGAAACCAACUCGCUUCGAGCGGAUCUGCGGGGUUAAUAUCUUCUAAGGCGCUUCAUGGGGAACGCUUACUCCAUCGGAAAAUGUCCCUCUUUUGGCUGCCAAGCUGCCCACUGAAGCUGCCAGCGCAAGCCCGGGAGUUGUCGGUGCGCCCGUGUGAUUUAGCCCCUACCAUUCUCCAGCGUGUUCCGGGGACGCCGCUGAACUGAGAUGGGUCUCCUCUCGGCAGCGGCGCCACUGGAGCUCCAACGUCCGCAGCAGUGGAGCAGAAUCACGGGAGAGUGGGUCUGGAUCACGGUCAUUUCGUUUUUCGCCGCCCUUCCAGUCCAAGAACUUCGUGCUUUCCCGUCCUCACUGAGCGACUGUCAGACGCCAACGGGAUGGAAUUGCUCCGGCUAUGAGGACACAGACCUGGACACGGAUCUAUUCCUGUGUGACACCAAUACGUGCAAGUUUGAUGGCGAGUGUCUGAGGAUUGGGGACAUCAUAACAUGCAUCUGUGACUUCAAGUGCUCCAAUGACUAUGCUCCAGUGUGCGGCUCCAACAAUGAGAACUAUGAGAACGAAUGCUACUUGCGCAGGGACGCCUGCAAACAACAGUCGGAAAUCCUGGUGGUGUCCGACGGAUCCUGUCCUGUCGACGCUGGCUCCGGCUCCGGAGAUGAAGGAGGCGAGGGCUCGGCGGAGAAUGGCCAGAAGGAGACGUCCACCUGUGACAUCUGCCAGUUCGGGGCCGAGUGUGACGUGGACGCCGAGGAUGUCUGGUGUGUUUGCAACAUUGACUGUUCCCACAUCAGCUUCAACCCGGUGUGUGCGUCGGACGGCCGUUCCUAUGACAACCCCUGCCAGGUGAAGGAGGCGUCCUGCCAGAAGCAGGAGAAGAUCGAGGUCAAGUUCCUCGGACACUGCCAGGGUGACAUGGUGACGGGAACGGGAACCAAAGCUGGAGAUGGCCAGUAUGUCAGGACCGACUUCACAGAGGAGGAGACGAGUAAGCCGGAGCCAGGGGGGGAGGUGGCACGCGGCCUCUACAUCCCCUGCCCAGAGCACUACAAGAACUACUGCGUGCACGGAGACUGUGACUACAACAAACUCUCCACUCCGUCCUGCAGCUGUCACUCAGGCUUCAGCGGCCCCCAGUGUGACACUAAGGAAUACAGCGAGCUGUACGUAGUGCCGGGCUCCGGGAUGCCACGCUACGUCCUCAUCGCCUCCAUCAUCGGGGGGCUGCAGGUGGCCAUCAUCUGUGUGGUGGUGCUGUGUAUCACACGCCCUACUUCCUGUUUUGCAGGAAAUGCCCCCGACCGAACCGGAUCAAACGGCCCAAGCAGAACGCAGCGCACUACAGCUCAGAGAACACCAUGCGCGCCUCCACCCGCCUCAUCUGAGCUCUGGCAGCACGGAAUCAUGGGAAAUAGAGUCGAGGAAUGGACCUGAUGAUGAUGACGACGGGAGACUCAAGAUGGCCGCCACCGCUCCCCCCCACGACCUCUCCACUACGGCCUCCACAUACAACACACAUCCUCAGACAGACUGCUGUGGAUAUAUACCAUAUGAAGUCACACAAAUAUACAUACACAUGCAAACAAGCUUACAGUACACAGCAGCGCACGCACACACACACACACAGACACACACACA